AUGGAGUCGCAUCUGAGUUUGUAUCCGUUGGUUUGCUUUCAAAUCAUGUAUACAGCACUUCAUAUUAUUAUAUUAUCUGAUUAUUGGAUUGUGUGGAUUCUCGAGUCGAAUUGGGGACAGGAAGAAGAGGAUGAUUUGAAUACUACUGUGGAUACUGUAGAAAUAAUGGAUAGUAGUGAUGAUGAAAAGUUAGAAGAUAACAACGGUUUCGAACAGGAGAAAACUGAUUUGAGAUAUCACGACUUAAAAUGCAGCGUUUGCAAAUUAUUCUAUCACGAAUCAAUCAAGAAAAGAACUCCGAAAAUGUUGUCAUGCGGACACACUGUUUGUUCUGGAUGUGCAAAGAUGCUCUACAAUAUAGACUGUGACUGUAUCCAGUGUCCAGUAUGUAGGGAAGGCACUUUCCUUGAUUACAAUUACAACGAAUUAAAGAAAAACUAUGCCCUACUCGGAAUCAUUGAAGAAAUAAAGCAAGAUAAAAAGAAGGUUCAACGAAGACACAGUUUUUCAUAG